AUGUCACUGCCGGCUAGGUAUAUAGCCGCGACUGGCAGACGGGUCUGCUGCUGUCGUUCUUUUAGACCCGUUGUGAGGUCAAGGGUUCUGCCCUCUGUUUCUUCUCCUUCACAUAUUCUUCAACGUCGUCUGUUGAGUCAGACGGCACCGCAAGAUGGAAGUCAUAUUCCGUUGCCUGCUAGUCCUUUAGCGGCUCAAGUGCGGGAGAGUAAUGUACUUGAAGACCGGUGGGAAGAGGUGGCGACUGGAAGGGGCGAUGUUGAAUAUUAUCCGAGGAUAAAACCGGAUGUUGAACGUCGUGUUAGUAUAAGAGAGUUUUGUGAUAGAUACUCUUAUUUGGGGAAUGAGACAAUUGAGGAGGAUGAGAAGCAUUUAGGUAAAGGAAGGAUCAAAACAAUACGCAAGUCAUCGUCUAAACUAAGGUUCCUUGAUCUUGUUGCCGAUGGGUUCAAGAUCCAAGUUAUGAGCAGCUUUGGCCGGUCGGGGGCAGAGCGUGCGGAUUUUGAUAGUGCGCAUUCGAAACUGAAGAAAGGGGAUAUCAUAGCUAUUACUGGGUUACCCGGGAGGACCAAGGCAGGAGAGAUAUCCAUCUACGCGACAGAAUUACCACAAUCCUUGUCGCCUUGUCUUCAUGUCCCGCCUUUGGAACUCGAGGAUGUGGAGAAGAGGUUCCAAUCCCGUCAUGUGGAUUUGAUGGUUAACCCUCUUCCUCUGCAUGUCCUCAAAGCACGAUCCUUUAUCAUCAACUGGAUGCGAAACUUUUUCCUACAAAGAGAAUUCGUUGAAGUUUCCACCCCCAUCCUCGCCGAACUUUCCGGCGGCGCGGCUGCGAAGCCCUUCGAGACCGCCUCGAAAGUCUUCGGGUCAGACAAAAAGAUGCAACUUAGGAUCGCACCGGAGUUAUGGCUGAAACGACUGGUUGUUGGAGGUCUCCACCGAGUCUUUGAGAUUGGUCCGAAUUUUAGAAACGAAAACGCCGAUGCGACGCAUAAUCCCGAGUUUUAUACCUGCGAGUUCUACGAGGCGUUUACCGACAUUGAAGGGUUGAAACGGACGACUACGGAGAUGUUGGUCAAUUUAUUCAGCGACUUUGAAAAGGCUAGACCUCAGCGGUUUCCCAACAUCGAGGCUUAUAGUAGUCGAGAAUUGACUAUUGAAGUCAAAGCGCCUUUCCGUGAGAUCGAUUUUAUCAGUGGGAUAGAGGACGCGAUAGGUUGUCGGCUACCGACUCUAGACGAACCGGAUGCAACAGAGCGGUUACUGGAGAUCAUCGAUGAUAAUGAGAUCGGUAGACCCGUGAACUGUACGUUACCGGGUAUACUAGAUUAUCUCGCAUCAGAGUUCCUCGAACCGGAGUGUAUACAACCCACGUUUCUGACAGACAUACCAGCCUGUCUAUCACCGCUCUCCAAGACCAGCAGACGAGAAAGUGACGGACAACUCGUCGCACACCGUGCCGAGUUAUACAUAGGAGGAAAGGAACUAGCGAACCUAUACGAAGAGGAGAACUCACCGUUCGAACAGCGAAGGAAGUUUAUCGAACAGAACAAAUUCAGAGCUGUUGCUGCAUUAGAGGCAGGUGAGGACUUGCCAAUCGAGAUUUUGGAGGAGGCGGAACAAGUCUUGCCGGAGAUGCCUGUUGAUGAAAGCUACAUUGGAGCUUUGGAGUGGGGGUUACCGCCAACUGGAGGCUGGGGGAUGGGUCUAGAUCGACUCGUGAUGCUACUAUGCAAUGUUCAGAGGAUCGGGGAUGUUAUGGCAUUUGGAGGUCUAAGGGGCACCGUAUUGGCAGGCCGAGGUCUUCACAAACGUGUGGAAGAAGAAGAGGGGAAGGAGAUUGCAGCGCCGGCAGCGGACAAAGCGCAGGAUAACCUGGAAUAA